CCUCUUUUUGUAGGAAAGUCCGUUUCCAUGGUGAAAUUGGCUCUCUUCCUCGUGACAUGUAAAUCUAUGUUAAGGAUUCAAAGAUAUUUGUAAUCUAUGGCGAUCUUGUGUUACCUAAGGAUCGUGAGUGUGUAGAAUGUAACGGGAAGAUCUUGUCUAAAAUGAUUCUACUUUCUUUGUACUAUAUUAGUAUGGACAUGGAUAUUAGUAUGGACAAGAAACAUGAAUUGUUAGCGUAUAUCAUGGUUAAUUACUCCGGAGUACCGUAACAAGAUUCUACAGGAUCUUCCGCAACAGGACGAAGCCAUAGUUCUAAAACAGUAGAAGAUAAACGAAAAUUUCAUUAGACAAAAUUAAAUGGCUUCGAGUAGUUUAUUAUGUGGUAUUAGUAAACCGAGGUGAUCCUGAAAUUUUUGAAACUUCAAUUUCGAAAUAAUCACAUGAGUACAUAUAUACAUAUAUUAAAUGAUGUACUAUUCGAAACUAUUUAAUUUUUCCUAUAAACCUUAAGAAUCUCUAGGAGCAUCAUAAUAAUUCUUUUUUAUUUUGUUAUACUAGCAAUCAGAAUACAAUUCUAUGAGCUAAUUUGUUGGCUAGAUACUGUCUACAGUACCAUAUGUAUAUAUUGUGAUGAAAACUCAUAAACUGACGAUUACCAUUCAACCAUCUAUUAAAUCCGCUGGUCGAUAUAAUGAUAAAAAAGAAAACCUAAUUUUGUUGAUGAAAUUUUUCUCAAUCCUUUACAGUUUUAAAGCUGUGGUUCCAGUUUAGUUAUAAGAAAGGUUCAACAUAUUUAUCAUGGUGAAAAAAUCUAAGAAACGAUUGUCAUUCGAAACAAAUAGCAAUUAAAUUAUCUUGGGCAAAUCUAAACAACGGGAUAAUUAUCCCAGUGACAACGUAAGCGCCGCAUUAAAGUAAAAACAAACAGAAACUUGUUCCCGUUCACGGCGCCUGUUCUUUAAUUGCGGAAGUAUAAUGGGAAACAUGCCGUAACACCAAAUAUGGCAACGCCAUGUAUCGGUCCUACAUAAUAAUUAUGAUUUCGAUGUCAGGAUAUGAAUCGACACGUGGAUGCCAAGGGUGAAAGCUUUUCCUUAGAAUUCGAAUAUUUGAAGAUUCCAUCAGAAUGAAAUUUUACGUUUAAUCAGAGAAGAAAAUGAAAUGGAAAGGAAAAACUGAUGAAAUUUUUCAUAACGAUUUAUAUUAUACGAAUGAAUUAUUACGACUUUUAUCGUACUUGUAACAAGGUUAUGAGAAAAUAAUUUAUGAAAUUUUUCAUAAAGGUUUGCUAAUUUGUAGCGAGAUUUUGCGAAAGAAAAUUUACAAUAUUUUUCAUAAAGAUCUGCGAAUUAUUACAACUUGGAUCGAGCUUGUAAGGAGGUUUCGAGAUCUUUAACGACUCAUACGAUACGCCGCUUUAAACGAUGGUACAUAACUGUUUGAUCAAGGUUGAAAUGUGAGAAUGUGUGGAACGAAGAUGCAUACAUUCACAAUUCUUCUCACUCAAAAUGAAAUGAAAGCAGAAUCCCCCUAGGCUUUUCCUUUUUUCUACCUAAAUAUAUGUGGCACAUACUGAAGCUAGCAGCUCGAACAAACUGGCUUUCUAAUAAACAUAUUAUGUUAUCAUCGGUAACGUCAUUAGCAUCAAUAAUCGUCAUUGACGUACGGGUACAAUAUUAUGUCCGUACCUUCGCGUUUAUUUUCCACUAUAUUGUACGUUUAAAUCGUUUUAUAGGGACGAUACAUUAUCUUUUACUUUCAACUUUAUAUACGUGUUCAACUUCCUGUAGGUAUUAUUUGGCAUCAUUUAUAGUGUUUAAUUCAUAAUUUUGUCUCCACGGUAGAAUUAUUGUUAUUAUAGGUUUAGAAUAUCGCAAGCUGUAUGUAAUAAUAUAGUUUCAAUCUUUGUAAUUUUAAUCAUAGUUCUGCCAAUGAUAUUUUAGUAUAGUACAGUAAAUUUAUGUUAUAUUUGUGGAAAUUAAUAUAACUUUUUUUUGCAACAUAAAAAAGAUAGUGAAAAAAGAAUUAUCUAAGUAUAAUCAUCAAAAUAAUUCCUAACUUUUUAUUUAUUUAGUUUUAUAAAAUAUUGGGCUGUAAUAUAAAUUCAUCUUGUUUUUAUACAAUAUAUGUAAUGCAUAUAUUACACAUACGCAUAUAGAAAACGGAUAAAUUUAUGUUACAACUUAUUUUCAUCAUAAUUUCAUGUCAUUUUCAUUAAAUUAAAUUGCAGUAAAAGAACUAGUACGAGACUGGGCGCCUCUAGUAUGGCUUGCACCUGGCGAACUAUUUUUACCCCUUGGGGUACCUGAAUUCUUGGAUAACAUGCAAUCCGACGAUGAUUAUCUUCGCACUAGAGUCGACGUAGAAGUACUGUUGAGGAAUCGAUCGUCGUUCCUAUACGGCCGAAAACCAGGGGGCACAGUACCGGUUUACGCUGUGAUCAAGAACUGCAUUGUACCAGACGUUUCUGCGGACGUGAUAAGCUUAAAGACCGUCAGAGACGAAAGAAAGUCGCGAAGAAAAGGGGACGAGACGUUGAUAGCAUCGAGGAACGUGCAGAUCGACGAUUUCGGCUCGUCCAUGAUCCGCACUAACGAUCUUCCAGGAAAGAUUUGGAAGGGCGAUGGGAAACAGAGUUUAGAGAAACAUGGUGAUUUUGAAAAAAAGAAGAAAAAAGGAAACAAGUUCCGGAAGCUGCACUUUCACGUGACCUAUUGGAUGUUCUAUCCGUUCAGUGAGGGAAAGGCAGUCUGCGUUCUGGAUCUUGGAUUUUUUGGUAGCUGGCCGAUACCCACGGUGGGUGGGAUAUGCCUUGGAAUACUCAAGGAAUAUGGCAACCACGUGGGCGAUUGGGAACACAUGAGUCUUUAUUUUAAGGAUGCGAAUUAUCCUUCAGCCAUGUACGUGUCCGCCCAUGACGCAGGCGCGUUUUACCGAUACGAUUUACGAAGUGGAACCUUCGUUUACGAAAGCCAAGAAACACGAAAAGGCAUCUUUCAAAAACCUAUAUUUCCCGAAAGAGUUUUCACUGCUGGUGGCUCCCAUCCGAUAUUAUUUAGCGCGAGAGGAUCUCAUGGACUUUGGACGGCGCCAGGGAAGCAUAAAUUUGUCAGAUUACCUCGCCUCUACGAUGAGAGUGGUUUUGGUACCGCUUGGCCCACAUGGAAGAAGAUGGAAUUGCUUCUAAAAGAGGACAACAACAUCUUACCCAGUUGGAUGACUUUUAGAGGCAAGUGGGGUAAUCCUAGAAGUAACUGUCAUCCUUUGGCUAGACUUGGUUUCAACAUUUGCGAAUUUGUUGACGGACCAACUGGUAUUCCCAUGAAACAGUCAAACUUCCGAUGCUAACGAUAAUUAGAAUUCUUUAACAUAUUCGCUGCUGUUGUAAAAAAUAAUAUUGAGAGGAAUUGCGACAAUAAAUAUUAAAAGUAAUGAAAUAUUACAUGUCACAUAUGGUAGGGAAUGUCUUAAGUAAUCUCGUUUCUGAACGUAAAAAGUAUUGGAUUUUAAUACGAUUAGUACAAUGCACAUAGGAAUACCACAGACGCGAAGAAAUUAUAGUUUCCUCAAAAUCAGUUGAUUACUGAAAUUAAUAUACUAUAAGAGUUGUUUCUAAAUGAUAGAAAUUUCUUCUUGAUCUUGAACAGCAAAUUAAUUUUGAAUAAACUAUAACUUUGAUCGUCGAGUGUAAGGUACAAACAAGGUUUAAUAUGGAAUGAUCUUUAAUAAAAAAAAAAAAUGUUCGUUGGAAUUGUUCAUUUUAAUAAUUCGUGUCAGCUUAGCAAGAUAUUAGAAAACAGCAUCAUCAUUCAUUGCGAAACUUGCUUUUGAUUAGUGAUAUAUCCUUAUCGUUUAAAACCUACGCUCAAUGUAAAACGAUAAUAAAAUACAAUUUUGUUAUUGCGGAUAGAUCGACGAUAGAUAUUAAAAGAUGUAAUAGAUUUAUAUAUAUAUAGGCAUUGCGUGAUACGUUUUCGUUUAAGAAGGAACAGUAGGCAAAUGCGGUACUUAGCGGUAAUUCGUAAUUACACAUACAUGUAUAUCGAUGUGAUCCUUCAAAAAAAAAGGCCGAUUAAAGGAACACUUCAUUUCUUGCAUCGAGAUUAU